UAAGCCUAUAUUCACUCUUGUUCUCCUUCGGUUAUAUUCAUACAGUACUGUACUAGGGAGAGAGAGCACUUUCACUCGCAUUUUGAAACAGCCCACAAACCCUAAACCCGAGUCUUGCUCUGAACCACCCCUUGAAUCAUGCUUCAUAUCUUCUCUUCUCCGAAAUCCUGAAUUAAUAUGCUUUUUUUGUUGAUUCAAAUUAUAUUUUGAAGCCCCAACAAGGAAGAAAUGUCAGAUUUUGUUCCCCAAGAAGUAUGGAUCGACAUCUUCACGAGACUAUCCGUCAAGACCCUCCUUCAAAUAAGGUGCGUUUCUAAGCUAUGGAAUGCUCUCAUCUCUAGUUCCUCUUGCAUCACCACUCAUCUAAAUCGCACUAAAAACACCCACAUCAAAACCCACACACUUCUCCUCAGGCAUUUCACUGACAGCGAGAGGCACAAAAAAGAACACUAUUUGUUACUUGACGAUGAUCAGACACUUGGUGAGCACACUUUGGAACUGGAUUUUCCCUUGAAAACCCGAUCUGAUUAUCCUUUCAGAAUAGUGGGUUCUUGUAAUGGAUUGGUGUGUUUGUCCGACGAUCACUCUAUGCAUGCCUACGAUAUAAUCCUAUGGAACCCAUCGAUUCGAAAAUUUGUCAUCCUUCCCAGACCUCGUGUUACCGAAAUAACUCAUGGGUCUUAUAUGUUUCUGCUUGGGUUUGGAUUUGACCCCAUGACAGAUGACUAUAAGGUGGUGAGGAUUGCCUAUAUUAAAGGAAGAAAUGGGCGUGAUUUAAUUCCACCAGAGGUUGAGGUUUAUAGGCUUAGCUCAGGAGCUUGGAGAAGCUUUAGUACUGGUGCUCCUCCUUAUGGUAUGUUUGGGUAUACAUGGACACAGGCUUUUGUGAAUGGGGGUAUCCAUUGGAUUGGAUAUGAUCCAUGUGUGGCCAGUGGGAAUCGCAAUUUGGUUGUUUCGUUUGAUGUGGGUGAUGAAGUAUUUGGUGAGGUGAUGCUGCCAGAUGGUUUAGCUGCUCAAUCUGGGCAGGAUUUGUCAGUAUCCGUUUUUGCUAAAUUACUUUCAGUGCUUCAUUAUGAAUAUCGUGCUAAAAAACAGCGUUGUUCUGUAUGGGUGAUGAAGGAGUAUAGUGUUGUCAACUCCUGGGUGAAACUGUAUACUAUUGAUCUGCAGGGAGGAAUACAGAGGAUAAUAGGAUUUAGAAAGAAUGAAGAAGUUCUAUUGACAACAGCACGUGGAAAGCUAGUCUCAUAUGACCCCAAUACCCUACGAAUGAAGAGUCUGGGAAUUCGUGGUGCCAUAGAUUCGUUUUAUGUUGACGAUUACAUGGAAAGCUUAGUUUUGCUAGGGGCAGGAGAUGGAGACUUAAGAGGGCAGCCAAGUUCUUUUGAAGGUAUUACUGAUGAGGGAAGAAUAGAGAAUGGGGUUGAGGCCCAGCAAUGGCCAGGAAUGCUGAAGGAAUCAAGGAAAAACAGGUGUGUUGAGUUUGGACAUGAGGAAGAAACUGAAGAUCUUUAUUUCGGUGGAAGAUCUGGAUGUGGCAGAUUCGCUGAUUCCUCAACUGAUAACUGUGAAGAAUGGGACAAUGCAGUGGUUGCUAAGGUUGAAGAGUUGAGAAAAUUUCAUUCUCACAAAAAGUUUUAGGCUUAUGAACAUGUUUGAUAUUACUCAGAAAUAUUGAUCAGCUAGCCACUUUUUGGAGUUGAUACAUUGGAUGCAAGUAAUUACUUUUGGAUCUGGUUCUGAAUUUGAUCUGCCCGACUUGACAAUUAGUGUGUAAUUAAGAAGUAAAAGCCUAUUAUUAUUAUGUCAGUUUGUUUUCCCCUUAUCGAUUA